GAUUUGUUGAGAAGAACGGUUUGACUACCUUAACGAUAGAAAUUUGUCAGUAUUCUAUAUCUUCCUUUUCCCAAAGGAUUUGCAUAUAUGUUGAAUCUAGAUAAUUACAAGACGAUUGUUAGCAAUUUUAGAGCAUCUCAAGACGAGAUUCAAUUUUUAGACCAGCAACCUCCAAAAGAAGCUAAUCUAUACGUACUCGAUAGUUCCUUUAAUCCUCCUCACAAUGCUCAUUUGGGGAUGUCUCAGAGUGUUCCUGAAGGAAGUUAUCUAAUUUUGCUUUUGAGCAUUGCAAACGCUGACAAAGCCGAGGCUCCAGCAUCCUUGGACAUUAGAUUAGCAAUGCUGGAAGCUCUAAAACAGCGUAUUAAGAACUGUAGUGUCUCGAUUUCCCUUUGUAAGUAUGCGCUCUUUGCCGACAAAUGUGUAUGUCUGUCGAAAUACUGUUCUCCUAAAGAACAAAUUUAUUUGGUUGGUUUUGACACAUUGACGCGAAUUUUGGAUUGCAAAUAUUAUCCAGAAAAAUCCAUUCAAAAAGCUCUUACUCCCUUUUUUACGCACUCUCAAAUUCUCUGCUUUUAUCGAGAAACAAAUGAUUUAACGACUGAGAUGCAGGAAGCGUACUCUGCUAAGCUUGAGAAAGGGGAACUUGAAAACGUGGCUACCGCCUGGUCAUCUAGGAUUAGCUUUGUUAAAAUGGACAGUGAAAUGGGAAAAGGUAUUAGCAGUACAGUAAUACGAAAAGCCAUUUCUUCGGGCAAUGAAAAAGUUCAAUUGCGAAUGAUACCAGCGGAAGUUUUGAACAUCAUCAAGCAUACUAAGCCCUAUCGCUGAGCAUCCUACGUUCUCUUUAUUUUUACCGAUUUUUUUGAAAAGUGACUCUUCUGGGUGUAAAGAUCUUGCAGAAGGCAUGAUUUUUUAUAGGUGAACGAAGAGCAUUACCAUAGUAUUAGAACAAUUUUAAACAUAAUUAGACUAAACUACUAUUUAUAAUAACAAUCCAUAGAAUAACGAUCCUUCCCAAAAUUUAGACCAA